UUCUCUCCCAGCACAGGACCUCUGCUGCUACUAUUUAUGAAUCUCAGGUUGCAGGCGUAGCUUUGAUGAGUUCCAGGAGAAAUCUUUCAACUUGACAUUUUUCUUUGGAGAGAUCUGAUAAAAUUAAUUUGGAUCAGUAUGAAGAAAACACAAUGGUCUGGUGUGUAUAGUCACUUAAGAUAGAGAAAAAAACUAAUAUACUAGACAUGGAGACAGUCGCACCAACUGGCAACUGAACCAAACAGGUUUUUUGUGAUGUCAUCGCUGAUAUUUCUGCAGCUCCUGCUCCUGGGGUUAAGGGUCAUCAACGCCACCACAGACACAUGGAGACACUGUACAGAUUUGCUCCCUCUGGAUCUUCUGUCUUUUGUCCUGGAGAGGGACACCUCCAGACUCAUGCCCGGGGUGCACAUGAAGCAGGCCGGAGGGGUGAGGGGGGUACAUUUCUCCAGCCCUCAUUCCUCCAUGAGCUUUCCCUCCUCCCAGGUGCUGGCAAACUGCGACCUCUUCCCAAAAGACUUCUCCAUUGUUGUGACUCUAAAAGUCCCACAAAUUUCCCAAAAGAGAAAUGAAUACAUCUUUUCCAUGGUGAUGCCAAAAACAGAAGAGAAAAGAGCAGUGGCGGAGAAGGAGAACAUUUUGGAAAGUACUAAUAAGAGGAGUAUCAGGGAAGAUGGAGAGGAAAAGAAGAAGAAGGAGAGGCAAUUCCAAAGUAAUGAGGAACAUGGACGGAUCAUCUUGGGACUGAGGUUUUCGAGAAAAUGCCUGCACUUCCUCUUUAAAGGUCACGGAGGGGUCGUGGAGCACUGGGUGUUUCGCGGCACCGAGUUGGCUGAUAACCAGUGGCACACUCUGGUUUUAACUGUUACCAGUCAACACGUGAGGCUGUCGGUGGACUGUAACCCGCCACUGGAAAUCGUUCCCACCAGGCCUUUCCCCUCAGACGUCAACAUUCAGGGAUCCAGAUUCCACAUCGGCAGCCGGGGAAGAUGGAAAGGCUUGUUUUCAGGUUUGUUAAGACAGCUGGUUUUGGUACCAGGCUCAGACGCCACCCAUCAGAUCUGCCCAUCUUCCGACCCCCAGCUAGCAGCUCUGUCAGUACCACCUCUCCUCCUAGACCUGCCCAUCACGGGGAAGGAGAAAGACAGCCACCUGACUUCCUACGACACGGAGGAGCGAGUGUCAGUGGGUUUGGAGCGUUCGUGCUCGGAGAUGCUGCAAGGUCAGCUGUGGUUCAAUCCGCUCAAGAAAGGCCUCUACCUCUGCGACGGCACCGUGUGGGUCACCGUGCUGGAGGAUCAUAAAAGGCUGGACUACGUGUUGGAACAUCAGGUCCUGACCACCAGCUCAGAAACGCAUGAUAUAGAGGUUUUCCCGGUACCUGGCAUGGGUCUGAUGGCUGCCAUGGCUCAACGCUCCAAAGCUUCUGGCUCUGCUGUUUAUCUGUGGACCCAGUCGGGAUUCCAAGUCUACCAGAAUAUCUCCACACACGAAGCUCUAGCCUGGAGACACUUCAACAUAGGAAAGAAAAUAUUUCUGGUGGUGUCUAACUCUGGAGGAGACUCGGACAAACGCUUUGACAAAGAGUCUGGGACGGACUUUUCUGUGAUUUACAAGUGGAGCAAGAAAAGAAAACAGUUUGUGCGGUUCCAGUCUCUGCAGACCUACUGUGCCCGGGACUGGGAGGCUUUUACCAUCAAGCAACAAACCUAUCUCGCAGUGGCCAAUCAUAGACAAGGGAAUAACAAUCACACUAUUGACAGUGUGAUAUACAAGUGGAACAGGUUAACAAAGUCUUUUGAGGUUCACCAGACGCUGCUGACCUCGGGGGCCUAUGACUGGGAGUUCUUCACCGUCGGACCGUACCAUUUCCUGGUGGUCGCAAAUGCUUUCGAUGGAGUUACCACAGCUGUAGACUCUGUCAUCUACGUUUGGGUCAAUGGACGCUUCCAGGUGUUCCAGAAAAUUAAGACGUUCUGCGCCACAGACUGGGAAAUGUUCCAGAUUGGCAGCAGAUUCUUCUUGGUUGUUGCCAAUGGAAACAGACUCCAUGGUAACGAACCAAGUCAAUACGCCAUCAACUCCACCAUCUACGAACUGGACUUGAAUGGACAGCUGUUUGUCCGCUUCCAGGAUAUUACCACCUACAGUGCAGUGGACUGGGAAUUCUUCAGCCUCGGGGAGGAGCAUUUUCUGAUUGUGGCUAACUCCUUUAACGGAGAAUCCUACUCCCUGAACAGCGUUCUCUACAGAUGGCAGGGAUAUGAAGGCUUUGUUCCUGUUCAUUGGCUCCCAACCAUCGGGUGCAGUGACUGGGAGUUUUUCAGCUCCAAGGGAGAAUCCUAUCUGAUAUACUCUAGUGCCAAAGAGCCUCUCUCCAAAGUGUUUAAGCUGAAAACCUUUUAGUGUGUUUGUGUGUGGUUGUAUGUGUGUGUGUGUUUGUGUGUGUAUCCUUUUGUGUGUGUUCGUGUGUGAGAAAUUGUUUGCAAACAUGGUUGCAACACCUUUGUGCCUGUACAAUACUGCUCCUGUCCACAAUUUCUGGCUCAACCUUAAUUACCUACUGUACAGUCAGGGGCUAUAUAGCGAUCAUAAAGUCCUAAGUGUUGUUUCAUAUUCAUAGAAAUUUGUUAUGGUGGGUUUUGAAGAAUGAUUUGAUAUUUCUUAGUAUAAAUGUCUUUAAAUUAGAUGGUUUUAGAGAAACAUUACAUCAAAUUCACAUAGGAUUUAGUGUCUUACAUCCUUGUAGCAUGGAAACUGCAUUGACCAUCAUUUAUUCAUCACCAUAACAUUUACAGAAAACAAAAAAUAACAACAGUUAAACAAAAUAAUAAAGGAAAAAUCGUUAUCUGUAAUCGGAAAAACUCUGAUGAUUUAUGUGGUGGAUAACUUUCCCAGGGAUUUUAGCUGAGGGAAUUUGGUAAAACAACCAACCCUGCAUUCACUUACCCUGCAAGAAGGCUAGGUAAACAACUAAUGUACCUCAUUUUAAAAGAUGUCUAUUUGUGGGUAUUUUCUGAAAGAAAUACACACUACAACUCAAGAAAGCCUGAAAGAAUUCCUAACUUUCUGUAAAAACAUUUUAAAUUAAAAUAUAUUUAAACAUUUUCUUUAACGGCUGGAAUGUGUUCUCUCAAAGAAAAUUAGCCUGAUAUUAUUUUUUUUAUGUGUAUGUGUGUAAAAGUAAAUUAUUGACAUGACAAUAAACCAGUUUUAUU